AUGGCAGCGGGUGUAAUAAAAACUGCUGCGGCGGCUACACGUGAAGUUUUUCCCAUUGUAUCAGCCAAUAAAGCACAAAGCCGAUCAAAUGUGUUUGCUGUAUAUAAAGAAAUGCAACGCUAUGCACCGAAACUCUACAAAGAAUUUCAUUUUGAGGAUAUGCCACUGUCUGUUUUUCGGGCAGCUUUAAAAAAGCAAUAUACUAACAAUGCACACUUGACUGAUCUUCGCGUUAUCGAUCGGAAAAUCGCUGAAUGCCGUCAGAUGUUUGCUGAGCUUGGGGAAGGUGCAUGUUAUACACGUAAGCUCUACUACCUGCUCUUGAAUUCAACAAAGCGACGCAUUUGUGUCAGUUCAAAGGAUCUUCAGUGUCAACACACUUCAGUUGAUCGCAGUGAUAUCAAGGCUUUUGCAAAAUUAUCGCCCGAUUGGACAAACGAAAAUGGAUCCUUUAAAGCACUGUAUUCCAUGAAUCGGCUCCGACUGCCGCUGAUUGUUGAUACGAUUGGUCGGAGAACAAAACGGGGCGAUGAUUCUCUUUCGGGUUUACACAUUGCUGACGUUGGAUGUGGUGGUGGAAUAUUAACUUUUCCGAUGGCACGGUUGGGAGCGAACGUUGAAGCUGUGGAUGCGUGCUUUGAUGUAAUUGCUUCGGUAGAAGAGGCAGAAAAUUGUUUUCGUCGUGAAAAUCGUGGAUCAGGCAAAGCAACAUUUAAGUGUUCUUCAGUUGAAGAUUUUGCCACGAAAAAUGCUGGAAUGUUCGAUGCAGUUGUCGCAUCCGAAAUAAUCGAACAUGUUGCCGAUGUGGAAUUAUUUGUAGAAUCAUGCAUCAAAUUGGUACGCAGAAACGGUACUCUCUUCUUUACAACCAUCAAUAAAACUGUCGCGAGUCGAGUAAUGGCCAUUUGGAUGGCGGAGAGAGUAUUGGGUAUUGUUCCACGUGGUAUGCAUAACUGGUCGAAAUUUAUUGAACCAAAAUUUUUGCGAUUGAUUUUGGAAGAAAAUGAUUGUAGCGUGCGCUUAUUACAUGGCAUGAUUUACAAUCCUCUUACAAACCAUUGGUCAUGGAGUCGGAACACAUCGAUAAAUUAUGCCUUAGUUGCUAUCAAAAACUAA